AUGUCAUCCAAAUCAAAACUCAGAGCAUGUAUGUUAUGUUCAUUUGUUCAAACAGCUCAACAAUUCAAAAACAAAGGUUGUCCGAAUUGUGAUGAUUUAUUACAAAUGAAAGGUAAUUCAGAAAAAGUCUUGGAAUGUACUGCUGGUACAUUUGAUGGAACAGCUGCGAUUUUAGAUCCAGAUCAAUCUUGGGUAGCAAAAUGGCAAAGAAUCAAUCGUUAUGAACCUGGUGUAUAUGCUAUUCGAAUCACUGGAUCUUUACCUGAACAUAUCUUGAACGAUUUAGAACAUCGAGGGGUAACGCCUCGUAGAGAAGAUGAUUAA